UCAUCAACAAAGUGAGCAAUUAAUACAUUCAAUAGAGGAAGGAUAUAAAAGGUCAUUAGAAACAGGCAAAACCUAAAGCUGUAAUCAAACUUCUAGAAAGAAGAGGAAGUUCUAAUCAAGUUACUCAACUACAUCUUCCUUCAAGAUCAUCUUCUUAAUCAGGUUCUUCUUCAAUGGAGCUUCUGGUAGAGCCUUUCAUGGAACUGGUAAAGUGUUUGGGGAGGUCAGCUUGCACCUAUCUAGAUUAUCACUUAAAUUUUGAUGAAGUUGUGAGUGAUUUGAGAAGAGAAUUGCAAGUUCUAAUCUCUCGAAAAGAAGAUAUAAAUUUAAGCAUACAGUCUGAGGCUGGUAGGGAAAAAGAAGUAAAACAUGAAGUGCAAGCCUGGCUUAGACUUGUACAAGAAACCAAUAAUGAAGUGCAAGCCAUUCAAGAAAAGAUUCAAAGAGUUAAGUGGUACUCAAAGGGCCAUCUUGGGAAACUUGUUCGGAAGAAAAUUGAGGUGGUGAAGAGAAUCUAUGAACAAGGUAGUUUUCCUGAUGGUCUCACAGUUGACAGACCUCCACGAGGAAUCAUAUUGCCAACUGAGAAUGUAGUGGGUGAAGAUUCUGCAAAAGAAAAAAUUUGGGGAUACUUGAUGGGCAAUGAGGUCAGAAAGAUUGGAGUUUGCGGGGUUGGUGGGGUUGGGAAGACUACCAUCAUGAAGCAUAUUAAUAAUGAAUUGUUAAGAGUGACUAAUUUUGAUAGGGUGAUUUGGGUCACUGUGUCCUACCCACUCAAUGUUAUCAAAUUACAAGAAAAUAUUGCUCGCGCUAUGAACGAUAGAUCGACACUCCCAGAAGGUGAGGAUGAAGUGAGGCGGGCAGCUACUUUGAUAAGCAUUAUGGAAGGAGUAGGAAGAUACGUGCUUAUCCUAGAUGAUGUUUGGGAAGUGUUUUCUCUGAUUGAAGUGGGAAUUCUAGAGCCAACAAUUCAGAAUGGAAGCAAAAUAGUCAUCACUAGUAGAUCCAUUGAUGUGUGCCAAAAAAUGGGUUGUGAAAUAGUCAAAGUGGAACCUCUUUCUUUUCAGGAGUCUCUCAACUUAUUCUUAGAUAAAGUUGGGCAUCAUAUUCUACAAGUUCCAAAUUUAGAAGGAAUCUUGAAGCUCAUCGUGGAGGAGUGUGGUGGCCUACCGCUGGCCAUUGUUGUGAUAGCAGAGAGUAUGAAGGGAGAUGAUGAUGUUCAUGUGUGGAAGAAUGCCUUAACUGAACUACGAGAAGGGGUAAAGAGUGUGACUGGUUCAGAUCAAGAGAUAUUUAAGAGGUUAAGGUUUAGUUAUGAUCGUUUGAAUAAUUUUGAAAUCCAAAGCUGUUUUCUUUAUUGCUCCUUGUUUCCUGAAGAUUAUCCAUUUGGGAGAGAAGGGUUGGUAGAAGGGUGGAUUGAUGAAGGACUAAUUGAUGUGUUGCCUAGUAGAAAAGCAGCUUAUGAUAGGGGCCAUGCCUUUUUAAAUAGGCUAGUAAAGAAGUGCUUAUUAGAGAAAACUGUUGAUUGGUAUGAUGUUGAUGUUUUCAAGAUGCAUGAUGUAAUGAGAGACAUGGCUAUCAAAAGCAUUGGUCCUGAAUUUGGAUAUAUGGUAAAAGCUGGUAUGAAAUUGACAGAGGUACCAGAUGAGCGUGGGUGGGGAAAUGAUCUUAAGAAGGUGUCUCUAAUGAAGAAUAACAUAUCAAAAAUUCCCCUUGGAUUGUGCCCAAAGUGUCCAACUCUUUCAACUUUGAUAUUGUCAAAUAAUGAUAAUUUGUCCGAGAUCCCAGAAUCCUUCUUUGAAGGUAUGCCUGAACUGAAGGUUCUUGAUCUUUCUGAAACUGGUAUUGAAGCUUUACCUAAUUCCAUCUCAAACUUGGAGAAGCUCUCUUCCAUGAGGUUAAGUUGGUGUAAGAGGUUAAGGCAUUUGCCUUCUUUAGCAAAGCUGAGGGCAAUAAAGAAGGUGGAUCUGAGGGGUUCUAGGAUUGAGGUGGUCCCUCAAGUCAUGGAGAAAUUGAUUAGUCUGGAAUAUCUUGAUUUAAAGGAUUGUGACUAUGUAGAAGAGAUUCCAAUGGGAAUGUUAUCAAACCUUUCCAAUCUCCAGUACUUGUUUUUAGAAAUGUUGAAGAUAGAAGGAGAAGAGGUUGCGAGAAUGAGCAAGUUGGAGACCUUUGAAGGUAUAUUCAAUGACAUACAAAGCUACAAUUAUUUUGUCAAGUCUCAAGAUUUCCAAAUUCUUACUGAUUACCAUAUUGAAGUAGGAGUAAGACUCAGUGUGUGGUCGACUGCUCAAAGGGAAUCUGUGGUUAGUAUUAAUUAUUGUGACUUAGGAGAAGAAUGUAUAGUGCUUCCAAAUAACCUUCAGAGGCUGGAGAUAAUUCGCUGUAGAAACAUGAGAAGUGGCUUAAAUAAAGCAGCUUUGUUAGAAAAGGCAACCGAGUUGAGGAUUUGUUAUUUUCAUUAUUGUGAAGAUAUGGAGUGCGUAGUUGAGUUGGACUCAUCCUCCUAUCCAGUACUGGAUAAGCUUGAAGAGCUGCGUCUUGUGGAAUUGCCUAAAUUGAGUGUACUUGUGAGAGUGGAAGGAGUAGCAACACCACCGCACGUCUUUUCCAAUCUUAAAAUGCUUCAGAUUUCGUAUUGUCCAGGAAUGAGGAAGUUGCUUCCACUUGAGCUGCUGCAGGCCUUCCAAAACUUAGAGGAGAUUUAUGUCCAUGGGUGCGAACAAAUGGAGGAGAUAAUAGCAUCAUCAGAUUCAGAUGCAUCAUUGGAUAAACUCACUUUUCCCAAGUUAAGGAUAUUGUUGUUGAUUUAUUUACCCCAAUUGAAGAGCAUCUGCAGUGUCAAAGGAGUUAUGGUUUGUGAUUCUAUUGAAGAAAUUAAAAUAUGGGAUUGUCGGGAGUUAAAGAGGAUCCCUGUGCAGCUUCCUCUGCUUGAUAAUGGCCAACCAUCUCCUCCUCCUCAUCUCAGAGAAAUCAAGAUAGAUGAAGAGUCAAAAGAAUGGUGGGAAUCAGUGGAGUGGGAUCAUAAGAACCUACUUCAACCUUUCUUGAAAUAUUCUAGCUUUUGGUUGGAUUGAGGGAUAAGAUGGAAGGAAACAAUUUCUGUUGAAUUGAAGGGAUCCAGAGUAAGAAAUCAUCAACUUAAAUUUCCAUGGCAGCGACUCUAACGGACGGCCAGGAUGAGCGGCAACAUACGUAGCUGACAUGUCCAAGAUUUCAAUUUCAGUAUUGCAAAAUGCCAAUUUUGGCACAAUCGGUUGGCAAUUGGCAAGAAAAGUCCCAGGCUCCUGUCUCCGAUGAACCCCAAGUGCUCCUAAGUGGUAUCAUUUUCUAUCAGUAUUGCAAAAUGCCAAUUUUUGCACAGGAUUUGGUGUCAUAAACUCCAAGUUGUUCAUUACCAAGUCGAAAUCCAGUUGCACACCAGAAGAUAUGCACCUAUUUGUGCUGAUGGUGGUGAAGUAGUUGAAGAAGGGGGCAUUAAUGAUGUUGCUCAUGGUGUUAAUUUUAAGAUAGCUUCCAAUGGUGAAGGGCUACAAGAAAAGGAGUGUGGGAGAAAAGUUAAACCAAUAUCCAUGCUUCGUGUCUUUUAGAAAGUACCACUUUGCAUUAUAUAAUUGGUCUUCCAGGUGCAUAGAUCUUUCAAAUUU